AUGUCUCUCGGUAAGAUCAACAUCACCCUAUAUCACGGCAUCUCCCUGUCCACCUCCCUUUCCAUCUCCAUAUCCAUCUCCUCCACAGUCGCUAACCAUCCUGCACCAUUCAGACUUCUCCCCGCCAACUCGGGCUUCCUACGCGCCAGAGGCUGCAAAGACUGCGGCGAGGCCCCCACUUGUCCAACAUGUCCCAGCGGCCAGAUCUGUACCAUGACCACACAAACCUGCGACACCUGCUCCAUCACCAAGUGUAUCUCUGAUGGAAGCACCUCCUCCGCUCCCAAGGACUCCGGUGGCGGCCCCAAUAUCGGCGCAAUCGCCGGUGGUGUCGUAGGGGGUGUUGCGGCGAUUGCUAUUCUUCUCUUCCUUAUUUGGUGGUUUGUGAUCCGCAAGCGCCGCAAUCAGGACGGCGAAGAAAAGAACAGUGAAUUUGCUGCCGCUCGCGCAGAGCGCAAGUCGACCAACUCCAUCGCAUCCACCGUCCUCACUCGUGCCUCCAACGUCAUCCAGAUCGCCUACAUCCCCGGCGUCACCAACCGCUCUCCACCCGAGACCCCAGCCUCGUUGGUUCCCCCGGUUCCUCCGCUCCCUGGUGCCGCUCCCGAUCAGCACUUCUUUAUGCCUGGUGACCUGCGUGACUCCUCCUGGACCACCACCACCGGCCACCAGAGCAUGGCCCCGACCUUCCGGAGCAGUGUUGCAACCACGAUCUACCGCAAUGACGCUAUUGUCAGCGCCGUCCCAGCACAGCAGAUCUCGCGCACGCGUGCCAACAUCGUCAGUGUUCACAACGCAUCCCCCGAUGAAGACGGCGCUCCUACACAACCCGUUCCCGUCAUGAUCACACCUAGAGAUGCCCCCGCCGUUCCCGCCAUCACCCAGUCUCAACUCGCCAAGGCAGAGGCCUUGAAGGGCAACAGCUCGAUUGUCGCACGCCAGGUUGUCGCCAAGCCCGUCAUGGUCCGCGGCGCCUCGGUCAAGAAGAAGGACGGUCAAAGCUCUGCAGGAGCCAGCUCCAAGGACGAGGUAUUGAAGCCCGGCACAGCUGCUUCAGGCCAUAGCAGUCAACAAUUCGACCAUCAAACCUCUACAUUCGACGGAGAAUCUUCCGAUGAAGAAGACGACACUCGCCCCUCAUCCCCUUCCCACUCCACAGCAGCCAAGACCACCUCCACGAGGGAAGAGCAAUCCGCCGGCCCAUUCCAUGAUGAAGCCGAAAGUGCCAGCCCGCGUCAUACACCACCACCACGCGUGCAAAGUCCAUUCUCGGACGCGAAUGAGGUUAAAUGA